ACCUACACUGGGAAAAAGAGGAGAAACCAUAGUAUAUUUUUUUGCCAAUUAUUAGGGCUUAAGAGAAAUCAGCAUGAUAUUAGAGUGGCGUACACUAUUUUCAUUCAAGAAUUUACACUACUCUCAAACAACUCCAUCAUCUUGAAUUGAAAUACUUCAUAUUUAUUCUUUAAUACAGAUAGUAAUAUGAAUAUAUGGUUGCAUAGGCAACAAAUAUUUGGAAAACAUAAAGUACACCUAUAAGUCCAAACGGUGUCCAACUAUACAAUUCCUCAAACAUAAAACAUCCUCAUCCUUAUUCCUCAGUAGUCUUUCAGAGGGAUUUAGGAUGUUGUCGUCUUCAAUGAUGAUUCGACGCUUUAGCAGUUUCAGUGUCACUGCUUCUUCUACUACUAUCACUUCCACUUCCAAGAAGAAGCGUCUUGUCUUUCUUGGUUCUCCUCAGGUAUCUGCUUCAGUACUUGAUGCUUUAUUCAAUGCUUCUGCUGCCCCUGAUUCCCUUUUUGAGGUCGCAGCCAUUGUUACACAACCACCUUCUGGAAGGGAUAGAGGAAGAAAAGUAAUGCCUUCACCAGUUGCACAACAUGCUCUUGACAGAGGUUUCCCUUCUGAUUUAAUUUUCACACCGGUGAAGGCUGGUGAGGAAGCAUUUCUUUUUAACUUCAAAUCUUUGGAGCCAGAGCUUUGUGUUACUGCUGCAUAUGGGAAUAUUUUACCCACAAAGUUUCUGAAUAUUCCGUCAAAAGCAGGAACGGUUAACAUACACCCGAGUUUACUCCCUCUAUACCGUGGUGCAGCCCCUGUUCAAAGAGCAUUGCAGGAUGGUGUUAAAGAAACAGGGGUAUCAUUAGCUUACACAGUUCGUAAAUUGGAUGCUGGACCAGUUAUUGCACAUGAAAGAGUAACAAUUGAUGAUCAAAUAAAGGCUCCAGAUUUACUUGACUUACUAUUUGAUCUAGGUUCCAGACUUCUAAUUCGUGAACUUCCGUUCAUAUUUGAUGGAUCUGCAAGUGCUAGAGCUGAAGAGCAGGAUGACUCUAAAGCUACCCUAGCUCCCAAGAUAAAUCCUGAGGAGUCAUGGCUAUCCUUUGAUGAAGAUGCCCAAGUGCUUCAUAACAAGGUUCGGGCAUUUGCAGGAUGGCCAGGAACUCGAGCUAAACUUAAGGUUAUUGACCCUAGCAGUGGCGACAGCAGUAUUAUAGAGCUUAAAGUUAUCACUACUCAGAUUUACGGUGGUAUCAGAAGUCAAGAUACAGAGGCCAAUGAUGUGCUUUACAGCAAAGGUUCCCUGCUAAUUCCUUGUGGUGGGGGCACGGCAUUGGAGGUUUUGGAAGUUCAACUUCCGGGUAAGAGAGCUGUUAAUGCAGCUGCAUUUUGGAAUGGUUUAAGAGGCCAAAUGCUGAAAAAGUUGUGAUCACUAAACCAGUCAACCGCACCAAAAUAAGCCAGUCGACAGGUUGUAACAAAUAUCAUUGUUCUGGAGAGUUCAUUACAUUAUCUGAUCAUAAGAUGCAGAGCUAAAUGGAAUACAUGACUGGAUGCUUCUGAUUCCUAUCCGGAUCUGUUCUGCUUUCCGAAUAGUUCUGUAACUCUCUAGGAAGUCCUAAAGAAGGCAUUUGUUUCACAAGAUACUCCAGCGUCCGGAAAAUAACUGAAUUUGCUUAUAUGAAUUUGAACUGAUCUGUAAUGCUUGAUUUAGUUAAAAGUAAAUUUUCCUUUUUUUUUUUUU